CUGCACUUCACUUUCUGUGGCUGAACUUCCGUGUUUUCAGCUGAGCCUCAGCAGUGAAGCGGUUCACUCCCAGCCCGGCUUUUUCCGUUCUGAAUCAUAGCUUGUGCGUCAAAAUGUUGAAGGCGGUUAUUUUAAUCGGAGGCCAUAACAAAGGCACCAGGUUUCGGCCACUGUCAUUUGAAGUUCCAAAACCCUUGUUUCCAGUAGCUGGUGUGCCCAUGAUGCAGCACCAUAUUGAAGCAUGUGUGAAGGUGCCAAAUAUGAAGGAGAUUUUACUAAUUGGUUUUUAUCAGCCAAACGAAGAACUGACCAAGUUCCUCUCCAAUGCACAGCAAGAAUUCAAGAUUCCUAUCAGGUAUUUACAGGAGUACGCUGCACUGGGCACUGGUGGGGGGAUCUAUCACUUCAGAGAUCAGAUUGUCUCCGGAAGUCCAAAAGCUUUCUUUGUUAUGAAUGCUGACGUCUGCUCAGAGUUUCCUCUCACGGAGAUGAUCAGCUUUCAGAAGGAGCGUGCGCAGCCAAACAGCUUUGUUAUCCUCGGAACUACGGCAAACAGAACGCAGUCCCUGAAAUAUGGCUGUAUUGUUGAAAAUGAAGAAACAAAUGAGGUCUUACAUUAUGUGGAGAAGCCGAGCACAUUUGUCAGCGACAUUAUCAACUGUGGUAUUUACCUCUUUAACUCGGACAUCUUCCAGCAUAUCGGAGCCGUCUUCCAGAAGAAUCAGCAGGACAUGAUGAUGUGUCCCUUUGAUGGAGAAGAGCCAUCCAAUGGGUGGCAGCGGGCAGAGGCUAUCCGGCUGGAGAAGGACAUCUUCACUGCCGUGGCAGGACAGGGCAAACUGUACGUGUAUAAAACCUCCAGCUUCUGGAGCCAGAUCAAAUCUGCAGGGUCUGCAAUUUAUGCCAGUCGGUUGUACCUCAACCAGUAUCACAACAGUCAUCCUGAAAGACUGGCCACAAAUAAAGAGGGCGGUCCCAGAAUCAUUGGUAAUGUCUACAUUCAUCCUACAGCCAGUAUUGACCCCACUGCUUCAUUGGGUCCCAAUGUCUCAGUUAGCAUGGGAGUAACCAUAGGUGCUGGAGUGAGAGUUCGAGAGUCCAUCAUCCUCCAUGGUGCCACGCUACAGGAUCGCAGUUGUGUUCUGAACAGUGUCGUGGGAUGGGAUAGUACCAUUGGCAAGUGGGCAAGGGUGGAAGGAACGCCAAGUGACCCAAACCCCAAUGACCCAUAUUCAAAGAUUGACAGCGAGAGUCUCUUCAGAGAUGGGAAACUGACGCCCUCCAUUACUAUUCUCGGGUGUAACGUGACCAUCCCUCCAGAGGUGAUAAUACUCAACUCCAUCGUCCUCCCGUACAAAGACCUGAACUGCAGCUUCAAAAACCAAAUUAUUCUUUAGUUAAUCUCCCUCCGGCUCGGCCCACUUCGUGUCACUGAUGACUGAUGUGGCUGGAGGCUCGCCUUCACUGCCUUUGAGUUACUGUAUAUAACACGUCAAAAAACAAGAUAUCGGACAUUCACUUAGUGCUGGCAAAAGAUGGAUGUUUAUAUAUUUGUCCUUCAGCCUUCGUGCAUCAUUGGAAGUUGACAACACUGACGUAUGCGGAGACAAGCUAAUCACGAUGUUGAUUCACCUUGGAAGUUGCUACACAGGAGGUUUAUAUGAGGUUUUUUAUUAUUAUUAUUAUUAUUAACUUUACCGAACUGUAAAAUUACUACAGGCACCAGCUUAAUACAUUUGUUUGGCAGGAAAAUUGUGUGUGUUUGGGUAGAAAUGACCACGGUCUGUUUCUCAAGGGCAUCUGACAGACCCGUGGGAACCGUUCUUUCAACAGACGUCUGUGGCUAAUCUAUAAUUUGCUGUGUUUAUGAAGCGAGGGGCUGUGGUUAAAAUGUUUUACAGUGUUUCCGUGUUUAACUCGAAAAUUGACUGUCAUCAAAUGAAAUGGGUCAGUUUAAGAUUUACAUCGCAAUCAAGUAGCAUUGUCUUUUGGAACUGCUGACUUAGCGGGGGGCCGUGAGAGUCAGCCGUUGCAAUCAUGGGGAUAACUUCCAAUUUAUAGUUCCACUACAUUAACUUCAAAUUAUUAAGCCAACAAAGAACGCCGGAUCACUUCAGCACGUCUUGUUCCUGUUGGGAUUUGUAAAUUUUAGAUUUUUUUGUUGAGUUCUCUUCAGACGAUCCGCCAUUGAAAAUGUUACGUUUGUGUAUUAGACAAUUAGCAGUGCUUUGGGGCCAUGGGUGGGGGCGCUCAACAAACAAAAGAGUUUUAAGAAUGUUUUCUGCUCCAGAUGGAUGUUUAGUAG